AUGAGUAAUCUAAUAUUACUCAGUGAGUCUAGGACCUCUAUACAAGGGGGAUUCCCUAAACUCCAAACACAAACGCCGCGGGCUUGUAACCCCGCCUCACCUGCAAUGAGGCGCCUAGGUGCAUUAGCCACAUUCUCUGCCCACGCCUGUGAAGGUUCACGCUCAUCCGGAAUCACACAGAAACUAGAUGAACGCCUUCACCCGGGCACUACAGUCCAUCGCGGUACCCGGUUCAUCCUUCCAUCUAUUGGCCUUACUGGCGCACCAUGCCAAUGUCUGGUUGGAUCCCAUAUCGUCAUAUGGUACCAUACUCGGCCAAGGCAGCUGACCAGGUUAUCCUCCGAGUCUUCCUCCCUUCAUGCACAGCCUCCACGCUGCCAAUCCGGUUGGGCUCUGACGUGCGAGAAUGCGCUUGACUACACCUUCCUAGACAACAUGUGGUUAGACACGCCACAUGUUCUCAGUACUUAG